GGUGUGCUGCGCACUGUGCCACCAAAAGAAAAGAGAAAGGAGGGUCCAUUAAUUUGUUGUAAGGUCCUUGGCUGCCCUUCAUUACCCUCUAAUAAUAAUACUAGUAACAUUUAAAAAAAGAUAAAGCCGAUUUCCUGUUUCUCCGGAUAUCUUCCGUUACCGAAUCAUAUGACUAAGGGGACAUCACUCUUGGAAUAUUAUCAUCAACAACUGGAAGAACAGUGAACAGCAGAGUUUAAUACUAAUUUGUUGCAGAACGCCUGCUCUUUGGUAUCCCUUUUUUACUUUCAAAAGUUACAAAAUUAACCUCUGUUGAAAAUGGCUUCAGGCGAGGCCGCCAGUCAUGUCAUCGAAGACCUUGAAAGGUUCAAUAAAGGUGGUCAGAUUCCCACCUCCAAGCUACAGGAACAUGCAGAAGUUGUUCGAAAAAACAAUGUCAACUGGAAGUCAUACUUGCAGGGUCAGAUGAUAUCGGAGGAGGUGUACAAAUUCAUUUCUGCCUUUGACAAAGCUUCAGCAGAGGCAAGAGAGACAAUGCUGAAGGAAAACCCAAACCAGUUUGUGGUGGUGUUCCGCAUGCUGAUGGAGGGCAUCUCUCGGGAUCAGACUCUGCAGUAUGUCCUUACCCUUCUCGAUGAUGUUUUACAGGAGGACAAGUCUAGGGUUGAAAUUUUCAAAGAGUUUGCUCGUAAGAAGAAAGAGUCAGUAUGGCAGCCAUUUUUCCAUCUACUCGACAGAGAUGACAAGUUUAUUGUGUACCAGGCCAGUCGUAUCAUCGCCAAGAUUGCAUGUUGGUCCAAGGACCAGAUGGAACGCAAGAAUCUGCAGAGUUACCUGGUGUGGCUGAAGGAUCAGAUCAAGGUCCCUAACAACGAGUACCUUCUGUCGGCUGGCCGCUGUCUACAGAUGAUGUUGAGGAUUGACUACUAUAGGCUUGUGUUUGUUGAGGUCGAUGGAAUUUCCGCUAUUAUCAGUGUCCUGGCAGGAGGCUGCAGCUUCCAGGUCCAGUACCAACUGGUCUUCUGUCUCUGGUGUAUCUCCAUGAACUCUGACCUGGCUAACAGGAUGAACAAGGGCAACAUCAUCCCGACCCUGGCAGAUGUACUCAGCGAUGCCAUCAAGGAGAAAGUGACCCGUAUUGUCCUGGCCACAUUCCGGAAUCUUCUGGAGAAAGUGACUGAAGAGCUUGUGAAACAGGAACAUGCUGUCGCCAUGGUGCAGUGCAAGGUCCUGAAGCACCUUGAGCUCCAGGAGGGCCGUCACAUCCAGGACGAGGACAUUGUGGCCGACCUCAAGUUUGUCACCGAGACUCUGCACGACUCCAUCAAACAUCUUAGCUCCCUGGACGAGUAUGUGUCAGAGGUCAAGUCUGGCCGCCUUGAAUGGAGCCCGGUGCACCGAUCUGACCGGUUCUGGCACGAGAAUGCUGCCCAUCUCAAUGACCACAACUAUGAACUGCUCAAGAUGCUAAUCAAGUUGUUGGAAACCAGCAAGGACCCACUGAUUCUGUCUGUUGCUGCUCACGACAUUGGAGAGUAUGUGAGAUACUACCCAAGGGGGAAGAACAUCGUGGAACAGCUGGGCGGCAAGCAGAUGGUGAUGCAGUUUAUGAUGCACUCUGACCCCAAUGUCAAAUACGAGGCACUCAUUGCAGUGCAAAAGAUUAUGGUCCAUAACUGGGAGUACCUCGGCAAGGCACAGGAUGCCAAGCAGCCCGGGUUUGGCCCAAAUCCCAUCAAGGCAUAGUAUGAGGGUCAAGGUUAGCGUAGUCUUGGACCAACAGCUGUGAUGGACACUGUACAUGGACUGUAAUGAGCGAAUGCUGGACUCUUCUUGAGUGUGAACAAAUGUGUGUGCAUAUUCUUAUGAAUGGGAGAACGUCUCCUUUCUUUUUUUUUUUUUUUUUUUUUUUUGUCCCUCAAAGUUAGCUCGAUGAGUAAUUUUUUUUGCGUGUGAGUAAGUCUCUGCAAAGUAGGUAAGCACCCCAAAUGAGUAUUUUGUGUGUAUGUAUGUGUCUGUGUAUUUGUAUGCUUUCUGAAAUUAUAACUCAAGUCUGUGAAAAGUGGUGUACAAUUCAAUUCCUGUUGCUGAUUUUUCUAACGCAUGACAUGACUGUCAUAACCUUUAAAUACCGGUUCCUAUCUCAUCUAGAUUAGGUCUGUUGCGUAGAAUGAUCCCUGCAUGUCUCGUAGACUACUUAAUCUUUCCCUGUGAGAAACCUGAAAGGCUGAAGUGUCUGGGAGAAAGGUGGCUGCUAGAUGUUGCUCAAUCGUGUGGUGCAUUCCAGGGCUGGUGUGUAUAGGGCCUAUUUCUUGUGGUUGCGCUAGACGGAGGUGGAUGCCAUUACAUACACCAUUAUUCUACUUUGCAAUUGAACUGUUUUUGGCACCAGUGAAAUGCAAUUUCCUACGCAUUCUUGUACUUGACUUAUCAAGAGUGAAACUCGAAAGGCUUGGUGUGAAAUGAGUGUCAACAAAUUAAUGUUUCACACAUUUUACCGCCAGCAGUGCUUCAAGUUUUCUAGAAACAUAGUGGCCCUAAAACUCAAUUGUGAGUAGUGGCAAUAUCAUGCAAAACAAUAUUUUCAUUGUGGGUGAGAACUGUCAUGACAAAACCAAAAAAACAGAGGCCUUAGUUAUCCAUUGAUUCAACUCUUGGGUCGAGUUAAUUAUUACAUGAAAUAUGUAAUAUAUUUUGGAUCCUUCUUGCACUAACUAAAUUCUUUUAUGACACUAAUGUUUUUGUGCAGGGAUAGACAUUUUAAAAUAUUCCUGAUUCAUUUUGACAUUCCACUUUUUAGGGGGACUUAGAGGUCAACAUCCUUUCAUGUUAGCUGCAAAAAAUUCACUGUGAUCUUGACUUUGCCAUUUCUUAUGUGAUUCUAUCUUUCUUUGUGUGUCAUGUAACAGGGAGAGAAAGAGUUUUCAGGUUGUGUAAUUAGGGGGCUGGUGGUCACUUUGUGUAGCUGUCUGUUAUUAGAACUAUGGUCUUUUGGUCAAUCUGUGAUAUGGGUGACUGAUUUCAUAUAUUAUUACUGCCUCUAGAUAAUAUAAGAGGCCUGUUCGUCAACAGUCUAUGAGAGUCCCCCUCCGUAAGACUGCCUAUGAACUAUGUACGAAGCUACUCCAUGUCACUGUGUGUCCUUGAUAACCAUGUUUCAAAGAAAACUAUCCGAGGAUUGACGCUUGAUAUGACCUAAGACGUGUAGCUAGCUUCGAAUUUCCUUCAGUUUUGUGGGUUCUAAAAUUGAAUAUAGUGAUGCAACCUGUUUCUUGUCCUUCCUCCCUGCCUCUUGCUCUUAGAGUCUUUUACUUCAAAGUAGCCUACUUUGAAGGUGUCACUGUUAACAAAUAUUUAUAAUCAUGACCUCUUACUGAUGUAUAUAAUGUCCGUGUGACCUUUUUGAACCACCUUUGGCUCUAGGCCUUUACAUGACUGUGUAUGUGUGCAUGUUGUGUUCAUGGCUGUUGUGGCAAAGACUAGUUCCCAGAUGAUGUGGUGUAAUUUUAUUUCUGUUUUGUGUUUGGAAAAUCUGUUCAGAAGACUGAGGGUAUCUUUUUUUUUUCUGGUGAGAUUGUGAGGGCGAAUAGAGUGUGAGAUUCGCCGCAAUCAAAUAUAUUGCGGUCCAAUGUUAAUCAGAAGACUCACUCAUACAUCUGGUAUAUCGUGUAGAUGGAUGUAUUUAAUCAGUGCACAAAUUGUCACUUGCGCAACAUAGGGGUGGGCAGGUAGCAAUCCUUGACAUCUUUUUUUACUGGAUCAUGAAAUGGGGUAUUCACCUGUUUGUAGUAGGCCUACAGUUAUUGUUAUAUGUUUACGCCUAUGUUGUACAACUGACAAAAUUUUGGUACGUGGUGUGUGUAUUUCAGUUGUUGUAACCAACCAGCAACAGGUGUUUGUCUGGUGGUCAGCUUGUCUCCAAAAUGUUUAUUGCCUUUCUUAAAACGUUAUAUUACUUUAUUUAUCAUGGUUAUCAGGUUUCUAUCAAGUAGAGAGAGCUACUUUUGGCUUGCUGGCUCUUGUGGAUUUUUCUGUUUUGUGUCAUGAGCGGAAAGCGGAGAAUGGUGGGAUAUCUUCGUAUCAGCCAGGGCCAACACUGGACCUGUAAUUUGGGGGGAGGGGUGGAUAUCUCCGAUGCCUAACACCCUUUUCAUGUGUUGCCUGCCCCUAAACACCAACUCCCCAACCCUCACUUUCUUUGGCUCAAAUUGUGUUUUUUGUACUCAUUGACAGAGGUCUAGUUAUUACGGACUAUAGAUAGCCAAUACAUGUAUUUGUAUUUUUCUUGUUUUCAUCUUUCUGCUAUUCUUCUGGUCUAAGUCUAGGGAAAUUAGCAAUUUUAUGGUAUUUGUAGAACUCAUUUCAAUUUGUCAAGUUGUGCACAUGUUUUAUAGAUGCUCACUAGUCAGUGUAUAGCAUUCAUUAAUAAAAUAUACAUACAUAGUUGAGAAUGUCAAAUGAAUGUAAAUGUAUCAUUAUCAUGGGCUAUGAAAUAAACCCAUUUUUUGUGAUCUAAA